GAGCUAUUUCCACAUUUGUAGCCGUUGAAAAUUUGAACCACAACGGUGGUUAAGCAGUACAGUUUCUCGUUUCUCUUAGACAACUUAACUAGGUAGUUUGCUUUAAUGACCAAGUGAAACUUCUUUCGGCACUACCAAAGAGAUUAUCAGGGCAUUAUCAAGGAUAUACAGGAUGGCGCGGGUGGUGUUUCUGCACCCAGACUUGGGUAUAGGUGGAGCAGAGCGGUUGGUAGUGGAUGCAGCUGUGGCUCUGAGGUCUCGAGGUUGUAGAGUUCAGAUCUGGACAGCCCAUCAUGACCCGACACACUGCUUCUCAGAGACCCUUGAUCCUGACCUGCCAGUGGAGUGUGUGGGUGACUGGCUGCCGACCAGUGUGUUUGGGUAUCUGCAUGCCCUGUGUGCCUACCUGCGGAUGAUCUACCUGGCUUUCUACCUGGUGUUCCUCAGCGGAGUAGAGUACGAUGUGGUAGUCUGUGACCAGGUGUCGGUGUGUAUCCCGGUGCUGAGACUGUCCCGUCCCAGGAAGAAGGUUUUGUUCUACUGCCACUUCCCAGACCAGCUGCUGAGCCGGCGGGGCGGGGCUCUGAGGAAGCUGUACCGUGCUCCCGUAGACUGGCUGGAAGAGAUCACCACCGGCAUGGCUGACAUGGUGCUGGUGAACAGCCACUUCACAGCCGGGGUCUUCAGAGAGACCUUCCGCAGUCUGGGGGGGGUUCACACUGACGUCCUGUACCCCUCCCUCAACACACACGCCUUCAACCAGGCCCCCACUGAGGAGCCCGGGCUGCAGGGCCUGCUCCCCGAGGGCACCAGCUGCACCUUCCUGUCCCUGAACCGCUAUGAGAGGAAGAAGAACCUGGGCCUGGCCUUGGAGGCCCUGGCCGCCCUGAGGGCCCGCCUGGCUCCAGGGCUCACCACAGGCCUCCACCUGGUGGUGGCGGGGGGGUAUGACGAGCGUGUGUCUGAGAACGUGCAGCACUACGCUGAGCUGAAGGAGCUGGCUGCCGGGCUGGGCCUAGAGGCCUGUGUCUCCUUCCUGCGCUCCCCCUCGGACAGCCUGAAGGUGAGCCUGCUGCAGGGCAGUGCAGCGGUGCUUUACACGCCCAGCAGGGAGCACUUUGGGAUUGUCCCUGUGGAGGCCAUGUACUGCUGCUGCCCUGUCAUCGCUGUGCAGUCGGGGGGACCGCUGGAGAGUGUGGCGGAUGGGGAGACGGGCUUCCUGUGCGAGCCCACAGCCGAGGCCUUCUCCAGGGCCAUGGAGAAGCUGCUCAGGGCCCCGCAGCUCCGCAGAGACAUGGGACAUGCAGGAAGGAGGAGGGUGCAGGACAAGUUCUCCCUGGAGGCCUUCUCAGACCAGCUGCAUGGGUACAUCCUCAGGCUGACCCAGUGACACUGAGGCCAGGGCAGUGAUAGGACAUGGGGGUGGGAAGGGGACCAGGCCCAUGGAAGUAGAUGCAGUGUCUGUGAACACUAGACCUUCCUCUGUGAGGCUGAGGCUAUGGGGAGGGACAGCUUGUGUAGGUGUGAGGAUCAGGGGUGGGGGGAUGCUAUUCUUAUGGAGGUGGAGGGGGGGGGGGGCAUUCUGAGGACUCUGAGGGCAAUUAAUCAGCAUUCCCCAAGAGAGGUUGCUGAGGGGAAAAGGGACGGAAUCUCAACCCCAAUUAAGAAAAGAGUAACGAGUUUACCCAUCUGCCCCUGGGCCCCGCGGAACAAUACCCGCACCAAUCCUUGGCUAAAGAAGUGUGUGUGUGACUGUGUGUGUGUGAGUGUAAGACCUCUAAGGGCCUAAUGAACGAAGGCACUGCUAAGAUUGAUUUGUAAAUGUGUGUGUGUGUGUCCUUGCACUGUUUCUAUAUCUGUGAAUGUGAGCCAGAAGGAGAUUGUUCUCCAGCAGCAGAUCGAUGAGCAGGAUGUCCACUUCCUCUGUCCUCUCAGCUUUGUUGCAGCUUCACAAUAGGAGAACGUGGAGCUCCAGAUUCUGUGAGGGAUGGAGUGGGUUAUUAGAAGCCCUUCUUAUGGACUGUCUGGGUCAUUAUGAGGAUGUACGCAGCAGAAGGUCAUUGUGUCUGCCAGCCUACCAACACCAUCGCCCACUCCACAGCCCCGCUAUAGACCUGUUGUUAUUGACAUUCCUGAAGACUUAAUAAACAACAUGACGCAUAGUUUCCUAACUA